GCUGGCAUCUACAUAUCCGUCAAUGUCGACUCCCGGAGACGCUGGAAAUCAGCUAUCAGCGUCUUAUCCUCUGAUGAAUCUGUACUGUGGGGGAAUUCUGUCACUCUGUAAAGUCCAUGGAGGCUUUCUGACGCUAUACAAGAACUCAUCUUUGGUUUAUAGAUCAUCACACUCCUCACCUGCGUUGUCAGUGGAGAUCAGGGCAUCCUAUGAGUUUGGUCGAAUGUUAGGUGGUGGAGAGGUCAUCGGCGAACUUCAGAUGUCGUGGGAUGAGCUACUCGAUCAUGGAGGUGAGCCGUUUGAUUUAUCCUUCCCACCCGUGCGCGGUGUUCACCCUUCCCUCAAGCUGAAGGCCGCUAUUGUACAUGCUUGCGACGAUCAGGAUGAUGCACUGUUUUAUUCCCUCGCAGACUGCGAAAUUGUUCGAGAGACAGGUGCGGGCCACGCACAAUUGACCGCAUACGUGACAAGCGAGAACGUCUCACCUGAACGUGUGCGCCCGCCUUGAAGGCUACACCCGAAACGAUGUUCAAGACAUCGAUGCCACCACUUCGCUCUUCCGCGACAUCCUUGCAUCGCGUCCGCAGCGCCAUCCCGAUCAUCCCUUAUCACUACUCAAGCGCUGAAUUGGCGCCACUGCAAGAAAAGCACUACUGCCGACAUCAGCGAAGCCGCCCAACUCUAUCAUGAACUACUGCCUCUCUGUCCAGAGGGCACCUAACUUCGUAGCAUCGCAGUAGGGAAUGGUGUCGAAUUAUGUAAUCAUCGGAUUCAAC